GCCGCGGGUCUUGGGUGGAAUCGAUCUCCAGGCUUUGUCGUUUGACAAAAUUCAGAGACCAAGAAAGAGAAAAAUUGUGUGGAUCGAAGUCCAUAAUUAACCAAAGAGGAAAGACGAUUUCCUAACUAAUCGUAUAUGGGUUCUGAGAAAAAGACCGGCGUCGAGUUUUGCCCCAGCAUAUGGAAGGAUGGCGUUGCCAUCUACUAAGAUGAGAAAACGCAGGCGCAGCAGGUUGUAGGGAGAAGAUCCGGAAUUCAACUCAGAGCCCUAGGGUCUGCCUUGAAAGAGUUUUCUAUCCUAUCCAGGCCGUCUCCGUUCCUGCCUCCAUUUGAGUCCUUUAUGAUGUUGGGGAUGCUGCGGUCUCGGCCCCUUCUCAUCUUGGUACCUCCCCUCCAGCCUCCUCCCGGCGACCUUGUGCACUGCCCCUGAUCCGGCGACAGUCUCUCCACACGCCGUAGCCUAGCAAAGGCGCAUCUCUAGGUUACAGAUUUCACUGCUCCCAUCAGCUUGGAGACAAACAUGUGGCUCUUGAUAGCUCUACUUCUUGGGGUUCCAGCUGGGGGGCAAGUGGCAGACACCACACAGGCAGUGAUUACCUUGCAGCCUCCAUGGACCAGUGUGUUCCAAAAGGAAAAUAUAACCUUAUGGUGUGAGGGGCCCCGUCUGCCUGGGGACAACUCCACACAGUGGUUUCACAACAGCACAGCCAUUCAGACCUUGACGUCCAGAUACAGCAUCAUUUCUGCCAGCGUCAAUGACAGUGGUGAAUACAGGUGCCAGACAGGCCUCUCAGUGCCAAGUGACCCUGUGCAGCUGGAAAUCCACAGAGAUUGGCUACUACUCCAGGUCUCUAGCAGAGUCUUCACUGAGGGAGAAGCUCUGAACUUGAGGUGUCAUGGAUGGAAGAAUAAGCUGAUGUACAAUGUGAUUUUCUAUCAAAAUGGCCAAGCCUUUAAGUUUUUUCCUCGGAAUUCUGAACUUACCAUUCUGAAAACCAAUACAAGUCACAAUGGGAUCUAUCACUGCUCAGCCAUGGGAAGGCAUCGCUACACAUCAGCAGGAGUAUCUGUUACUGUGAAAGAGCUAUUCCCACCUCCAGUGCUGACAGCAUCCUUGGCACUCCCACUCCUCGAGGGGAAUCUGGUAACCCUGAGCUGUGAAACAAAGUUGCUCCCACAGAGGCCUGGUCUGCAGCUCUACUUCUCCUUCUACAUGGGCAGCAAGACCCUGAAGGCCAGGAACAUGUCCUCAGAAUACCAGAUACUCACUGCUAGGAGAGAAGAUUCCGGGUUAUACUGGUGUGAGGCAGCCACCGAAGAUGGAAAUGUCCUUAAGCGCAGCCCUGACUUGGAGCUUCAAGUGCUUGGCCUCCAAUCAUCCACUCCUGCCUGGUUUAACAUCGUUUUCUAUCUGAUAGUGGGAAUAAUAACUUUAGUGGACACUGUUCUCUGUAUGACAAUACAUAAAAAGCUGCAAAGAAAGAAAAAGUGGAAUUUAGCAAUCUCUUUGGAUUCUAAUCAUGGGAAGAAGGUAACUUCCUGCCUUCAAAAAGACAGACACUUAGAAGAAGAGCUAAAGUGUCAGGAACAAGAAGAAAAGCUUCAAGAAAGGACACACCAAAAAAAGCCAAAGAAGGAAGAGCGGCAGCAGCUUACCGUGUAGCCGUGGAUCUGCACAGUCCCCAGCCCCUUCCUCUCUGUGUGAGCAGCAGAGCACAACAGCUAAUGACACUAGAACUGUGGGUCUCAUGGCAUGUAGCUCAAAUAAAGCAAAAAAAAAAAAAAAAGGAGCUGACUUCAAUAGAAAUAAAUUUGGAAAUUUGGUAAUUAGA